AUGACAAGCCGCUUAUCGAGCCUUCUCCAGGCAUCACACCGAACACGAAGAUAUUUUCAUAGCUUUCUUGCCACACAUGCGGAAAACUACCAACGCGCGAGUGAAAAGCUAUUCGCCGAUGCAGAGCGGGAGGAAGUAGAAGAAGCUCAAAGCCCUAAACCAAACAUUUCCAAUAUUCCUCAACUACAGAGCCAGGAUGAAAACUGGACAGGCGAAGAAUCUAUACAGGACGCUGUACUGCGCAUGCUCGUCGACAAGUACAAGCCUAUGCGCUCGGGGCCUAUCAGGACAGCUGACAUGAAGCUGAAGGAGGCACCGCCAAAGGUACACACAGAUGCAUAUGUCGUCGAACGGCCUGCACAAGCGUGGCAGAAACUUGCAAAUAAACCUUUACUUCCUUCUAUAGAUGGUCAUAAGCCAUGGCAUACUACUUACAAGGCCCCUUCUCAUGCGUCUGCGUCCAUCAAGCUUGGCAAUUUCACACCUACAUCCGCACGCACACCCGGCGUCCAUGCUGUGGUUGACGAACGUACUAGAAAGACAGAGAGGGAACUUGCCAGACGAAAGGAGCAAGCAGGACGACUGACAAGAGCUAGAGAGUCAACAUUGGAUUAUCGCUUGGGCCUGAAGAACGGCGAGGGGCAACACGCUGCUCGUCGGAACCCUGUCAGUAUGAGGGGGUGGCAGGCCUUAAUAGAGGACAAGAUACAGAAAGCUCGAGCUACCGGACAUUUCGACAAAAUCAAAGGGCGAGGUCAGCCUAUAGUUAGAUUAAGCGACGAGCACAACCCUUUCAUUGCGAGAGAGGAGUUCCUCAUGAACCGGAUUGUCCAAAGGAACGGGGCAGCUCCACCAUGGGUCGAGGUCCAAAUCGAGCUCGAGACUGCAGUGAACUCAUUUCGUGAUGUCCUGCGGCAGUCGUGGACAAGGCGUGCAAUUCGGACUUUAACAAUAUUGCAACCAGCGGCUAUGUUACCUUCAUUAUCGCUGGGCAGCGUGACAUCAUUACGCGACCGUGAGUGGGAAGAACGAGAGCGCUCUUACCAUGAUACAGCCGUUGCCGAAUUGAAUUCUUUGGUGCGGAAAUACAAUGCCCUUGCGCCAUAUUCUGUGCGCCGCCCAUAUUAUUCUCGAGAGGCCGAAUUAGCCAAGGCGUAUCAGGAUUGUGGGGAUGACAUUCUGCGUGGGAUAUCAGAGAGAAGAAGAGAGAGAUAUGGCGAAUCGGGUGCCUCACCACCAUCUGAAGUCGAGUCUUCUGUGAACGUCGAUACUUCCACGGCCUACCCUUUGAGGUUUCGAGAUAUCAUCCGUCGGUGGUUCAUAAAGCUGCGAGAUAGAUUCAUCAACGUAUCCUGAACAGCACCGCUGGCACGGCUGAUCAUAUACAUAUGCAUUUUCUCGUGCCUAGAUGAAGCUCAAGGGCCAAGGCACGCUCUAUAUCUAUUCUAGAUUCCUCAAUUGUAGCUAACAGUCCGUACAUGCAUUUGUGUUCUUGUCCUUGUGUUUGUACUGGAGAUCCAGGAAAUCCAGGAGUGCCGCUUGCCAUAGCCGAUUGUGUUCUGAUGCCGCGGAGGCAUCCAUGUGCAUGAGCGUUGUUCUUUCAAAUCCCAGCGCUCAGCGUCCAUGACUAUCGUUACGACGAUGAAUACAUAUAAAAACGACGACAACAAUGAGUAGUAUGAUUGAAUAAAUCGAUUCAUGCAGUUUACGUGAAUCCGGCAUCCCGGACUUAACUCGGCAGCAAGGGACAAGAAGAAACGAGGCGUUUGGAAAUUCCC